CAGAACAAGAACAAGUUUGAAGAGCCAAGAUACAAAGUCAUGUCGGGGGUGACUCGCGCGGUUGGUCCGAGGAGCGAACCGGACAAAACGACGGCGUAUGAUUCCGGCGGCAGCGGCGGAGUGAUGGGGUCGUUGAGGGUGAUAGAGUUGCAACUGGUGGCGUUUAUAAUGGUGUUCUCGGCAAGUGGUCUGGUUCCACUCCUCGACUUGCUUUUCCCAGCCUUCGUCUCCGUCUAUCUUCUCGUCCUCUCUCGUCUCGCCUUCCCUUCCCACGGCCUCACCUCCACUUCCCCCGAGAUUUUCCGCGGCAGCAAACUCUUCAGGUUGUAUGUGGUAUCGGGGACAGCGAUCGGGCUGUUCCUACCUCUAGCCUACGUGCUGGGAGGAUUCGCGAGAGGCGACGACCAUGCGGUGAGAUCGGCGACGCCUCAUCUGUUUCUGCUGUCGUGUCAGAUCCUUACGGAGAAUGUCAUUAGUGGUCUGUCUCUGUUCUCGCCGCCGGUCCGAGCCCUCGUCCCGUUGCUCUACACCGUUAGGAGGCUCUUCGUCAUACUCGACUGGUCCCAAGACGUCUGGUUUUACAAGUCUUUGCCCUCCAACGCCACGCCCGACACAGUGGCGUGGUUCUGGUUCGCUCGCUGCCUGGCGAUAGGGAACUUGGCCUACUUCGGGGUGAAUCUGCUAUGUUUCUUGCUUCCGAGGUUCCUGCCUCGUGCUUUCGAGCAUUACUUCAGGGAGAGGGACGAGAUCUUGGCCAAGAGCCGAUCGGACAAAUCCAAACAUUCGGAUCACAAGUCCGAUUGAUAUGUUGGAUUCUUCCGGACAUAAGGCCAUCGGUCGGCCGGGCGUUUGGUACGAGGAAGAUCCAUUGCGAGAUGGGUUGGUCAAUUAUUAUGACAUUUUUUAUUUUUUCCUUCUAUUAGUGUUACUUUUUACUUUCAAGUUUUCACGAAUGUGAUGUCGAGAAACUCGAAACUUCAUCGAUGAUAUGGUGGUGUGGUUUUUGGGAACUAAGAAAUUUUUUUCUAGGUUUU